GGCGGACCACGCGAUGCCUCCAGCUGCGGUGCGAGUGCGAUGCAGCCCCCAAUUAAUUUCCAGCGCGACGGUUCCCGGCAUCAUAUCGACACGACGACCUGCAACAAGACCAUGGCCUGCGACGUCGUCUUCUCUUCUCGUCCCCGGCGGCGGCGCCCACGCUCGGGGAUAUCAAUCAGAUGGCUGCAGAACAUCCUUGAUGGUGUGGAGGCAGCCGGCGUCGGGAUCGCCGACAUCAUCCUGCUCGAUCGUGCGACGACGAGCUGAGCCCCAAGAGCGAGCGGCCACCGCCUCCUGCCGGCGCCGGCGUUCACGCGGAUCACCUAUGUGCAUGCACAUACGUACACCAGUGCCACGAUUUCUCGAUCGGCGUCUUCUGCUGCUUCCCGGCCGGCGCGACGCUGCCGCUGCACGACCACCCGGCCGGAGAUAUGGUGGUGCUCAGCAAGCUACUCUACGGCGCUCUCGGUGCGCGUGCGCUCCUACCUACGACUGGGUCGCCGUCCAUGAGGAGGAGGAAAUAAAUGUGGCCUGGCCAGGCGUCCGUGCUCUUCCCGCGCAGCGGCAGCGGAGGCAAUGCAACCUGCACGGCCGUCACGCCCUGUGCCAUCCUCGAUGUCCUCACGCCGCCCUACUCGGAGCCGAGGACCACGUACGGACGCCCCGGCCUCAACCUACUUCACCGACGUCCCCGUCCCGUAUCUCCCGGCCGGUUUCGCUAUCUUGGAAGAGACGGACCUGCAUGCCCGAGGGUUUCACCGUCGCUGGGGCGCCAUAUCUAUUCUUGGCCCUGAGCUCACGGCCGAUAUGGAUGAUGAUGCAGAUACUAGCUAGCUAGCUAGCUAGCUACAGAUAUAUAGUCCAUAGUUGCAAGCACAAUUAGCUCUCUGCAGAUCUGUGCAUGUACAAAUUCUUCGCCCAACCGACCGGCCCAUGUGUGUACUAGCUAGCUAGGAUAGUAAAGUGAUAGUACCACCAGUUGCUAGAAAUCAGAAUCAGUGACUUGUUUUUUUCCCCCGUGAGAUCGCUUCUGCGCCCGCAUCCACAUCCGUUCACGCUGCGGCCAUCCCCCUGCACACCGCACAGCCAUUGCUCCGGCCAGGGCCUAGCCAGCCUCCAGCCAGGACUGCCGGAGCGAGCCGCUGAAGGCUGAAGCUGCGCCCCCCCACGGGUCAACGACCACAAACAAGUGAUCUUUUGAGAUUACUCUAAGUCAUUCGUACAAACUCACACUAUAAACUUUUGUAUGUUAAAUUUGUGUAUUUGAAAGCAAUACAAGUAUAU